UCACGCGGUGUCUGCAUCGUCACAAAGUUAAUCUCGAACCACCACAAGUUGGUGAAGGGUUCUCGCUACGGACCAAUCUCCCACACAACAUGGCUUCCUAUAUUGCACUGAGCGGCUUACUGCUGGCUUGCAUUGGCGUCUGCUUCGCGACUUUUGGACAUGAACAUGUCCAUAUUCGAGUCCAUAUACCUGAACCUGAGCACCAUUCAUCAAAAGAAGUAGUAGUUCAUGAACAUCAUGAUGACCACGGACACGGAGGAGGUGGCGGAGGAUACGGAGGGGGGCAUGGAGGCGGGCACGGAGGCAGCUUAGCUGAUCAUCUUCAUGGAGGUUUCGUUGAUCAUCUUAAAGGUCACGGCGGUCAUGGAGGUCAUGACUUUGGAGGUGGUCAUGGAGGACACGACUUUGGAGGAGGCCACGACUUCGGAGGACACGGUGGUGGAUUUGGAGGUGGAUUCGGGGGCGGCCACGGACAUAGCAUCUCCAUAGGGGGUGGAUUCGGAGGCGGCCAUGGUGGCGGACAUGACUUCGGCAGCAGCUCAGGAGGACACGGACAUGAUUUCGGAGGAGGCCAUGGAGGACAUGACUUUGGAGGUGGCCAUGGAGGUCAUGACUUUGGAGGUGGCCAUGGAGGUCAUGACUUUGGAGGUGGCCAUGAAGGACAUGACUUUGGGGGCGGACAUGGUGGAUCAGACUUUGGUGGUGGUCAUGGAGGACAUGGUGGUUUCGAUCUAGGCGGUCAUGGAUCGAGUGGAGGUCAUGGCGGAGGUUUCAGUGGAGGAUUUGGAGGUGGCCAUGGAGGUGGCCAUGAACACGUUAGCCAUGACUUCGGAGGUGGACUGGGCGGAGGAUUUGGUGGAGGCCACGGCGGUGGACAUGACCACGGCAGCCACGAUUUUGGAGGAAGCAUAGGAGGAGGUUUUGGCGGUGGAUAUGGAGGCCACGACUCACAUGGCAGCAGCGGCAUAUCUAUCAGCGGAGGACAUGGAGGUCACGACAGCUACAGUGGAGGUGGUGGAUUUUCAUCAGGCGGCCACGACAGUUACAGUUUGGGUGGUCAUGACAGUCACGGGUCCGGUGGUUUUGGAGGCGGUUUAGGAGGACACGGAGGGGACGACCACGGUAGUUUCGGAGGCGGUUUGUCCCUCGGCGGUGGACAUGGCGGUGGUGACAGCUACAGCUUGGGAGGUGGUCACGGAGAUAUCGGAGGCCAUGGAGGCGGUUUCGGUGGGGGCCAUGGGGGUGAUAGUUAUAGUGCGGGCUUCGGCGGCAGUUCUGGAGGACAUGGACAUGGCCACGGCUUGUCAGACUUCGGUGGCGGCCACGGCGCCGGUGAUUUCGGUGGUCACGGCAGCUUUGGAGGAGGUGACAGUUACACCAACGCCCUAGGAUCCGGCCAUGGAGGCGGCCCUUACCAUAAAAGAAAGUAAAGCCUGAUAAAUAAUAAGUGAUAACCAUCGAGCCCACUAAGUCAUAGUCUUCAAUGAUACGGAUUAUAUCCAGUAUUAUGUACAAAUUGAAAUGUACAAUUUGUUGUAAAUAAGUUGUAGCUUAAGUUAUUGUUGUGUUGUUUUAAUAAUAUAUUAUUUAAUUUUA